AUGAUUACACCUUCAAACUUAUACGUCAUAACCAAUGGAUGCCCCCAAGCAUUGGAAGCCGCUCUAACCGCCCUUGCCCGCCCGGGGGCUAACAUUCUGCUUCCCUGGCCGGGCUACCCUGACUACGAGGCUAGGGCAGCCUUUGCUGGCCUAGUCCCUGAAAAUGAUUGGGAGGUUGAUCUGGCGGCAGUGGAAGCCUUGGGAGACGAGAACACGGUCGCCAUUGUUAUUAUAAACCCUGGAAAUCCAUGUGGAAAUGUUUUCAAAUAUGAACACUUGAAGAAGAUUGCAGAAACAGCGAGAAAGAUGGGGAUCUUAGCGAUUGCAGAUGAAGUUUAUUGCCAUCUCACUUUUGGAAGCAAUCCAUUUACACCAAUGGGGGUUUUUGCAUCAAUUGCACCAAUUAUUACACUUGGAUCAUUGUCUAAAAAAUGGAUAGUACCAGGUUGGAGAAUUGGUUGGCUUGUCCUAAAUGACCUAGAUGGCAUCCUCACUAAGCAUGGGGCCAAGAAAGGAAAAUUGUGA